AUGAACAACAUCAUCGAAGACACUCUCCCUCGUGGCCGACCCUACUCCGAAACGCUAAACACCAUACACUUAUACAAGGGGCAUAACAUACCCCUGAAAACCCUCCGCCAUGAAGCUGGUCUUCACGCUCGCAACCUCCGCCCUCCUGGCGACGGUCCCCGUCAUCGCCUCUCCCAUUAUCCCCAACACCGCGAAAAGAACAUCGUCACUGUUAGCGCCACAACCGUCUCCAACAUCAUGCAUCCCACCACUUCGAUUGUUGCUCUUCGAUCGGAGGUGUCAGAAACUGCUGAAAAGUCUGACACGGACGUUAAUGAGUCUGACAAGUCUGACGAGUCCAAUUAUACCACGUCUGACUCUGAACACGAGAUCUCCGACAAGGAUGCCUCCUCCUCUUCCGAAUCUCACCUGAACUUCCUCACCCGCCGCAGUGGUCUCCCGAAAGGGCUCCACUGCGCUCACCACGGUGCUUUAUGGUUCGCCGGCUGCAUAAAGAAUGAUCCCUAA